UCGCGCUCAACCUCCACGCUCCCUCAUCGCCUAUAAAUCCCAGCUGGAACAGGUGGCUUCGACUUCUCCUCCUCUGACACCUUUCUCUUUCCUGUUCGCUUUAGGGGGAGCGGAUAGGGACCAUCUCUCUGUGAAUUACAGGUUCUACUUUGAGGAGGUUGGUUUCUCUGCGAACAGGAAAAUUUUAAAAAAAUGGAGCACAACGAGACAGGGUGCCAAGCUCCUCCUGAAGCUCCCAAGCUCUGUGCCAACAACUGCGGAUUCUUUGGAAGUGCAGCAACAAUGAAUUUGUGUUCCAAAUGCCACAAGGACUUGGUAUUGAAGCAAGAACAGGCUAAAGUGGCUGCAGCAUCCAUUGAUUGUGCUGUGAAUGGCAAUCCCAAUGACAGAGGGAAGGAGCCUAUUGCUACUGUUGAUGUAGAUGUACAAGCUGGGUCUGCAGAUUUGAUGCUCAUCUCAACACAGGCUUCCUCUACUCCAUCUUUGGACAUUAAGAGUGAGGAGAAGGUGAAAGAGACUCCAAACAAGUGCGGAACUUGCAAGAAACGUGUUGGUCUAACCGGCUUCAAUUGUCGUUGUGGAAAUCUCUUUUGUUCACUCCAUCGCUACUCGGAUAAACACAACUGCCCCUAUGAUUACCGAAGUGCUGCUCAGGAUGCUAUAGCAAAAGCCAACCCGGUUGUGAAGGCAGAAAAGCUGGACAAAAUCUGAUAAAUGUCUCGGAAUGAGGGUUCAUCUUUUUAUCUAUUGCACACAUGCUCUCAUUUCUACCCAUGUGGCUUCUGCUUAUGUUAAGUUGAUCUUGUUAUGUUAGGUCUCUUGUGUUAUAGAUGUGGUUGGAAGCUGUUGUGGGAGUAUUUCAAAUGUCAGGAACGAUUGUGUGUAAUAAUCCCAGCCGUUGGUGAGGGCCAGGAGGCUGUCACUGGGCUUUGCUAUGGAUGAUGUUUUGGAUCUUGUUUAUUUUGCUUCUUGAGUAUUUAAUUUAAGCCCAAGUAGUAGUACGCUCAA